AUGGGCAGGGCCAGGCUUGUCAUCGCCGGGCGGACCCAUAGCCACAGCAGGGAUAUCACCACUGGCAGGACCAGACUCGGCAGCGCCAGCGUGGCAGUCUGGAUGAGGAGCACGCCCUUGGUGAGGCUGCCAAUCGUGGAGAGGGCAGUUGGGUUGGGUUUCGUGAUGCAGGGCCUCGGCCUCGACCAGCUCCGCGAGCGGCUCAGCGCUUCUGCCGGCGAGGUCGCGGAGGCGGCGUCGAAGCUGUGGGACGAGGUGGAGUCCAUGGACGCGAAGGCCGUGGUCGACAACGUUCGGUUGAAGGCAGACGAGUACUUGGCGGAUUCGGAGGUAAAGGAGGCCUUCAGCGCCAGCAUCGCUCGGCUGAAUAAGCUGGUCUGCCAAGCAGAGGGCUUCAACGGCGUGUGGGUUGGCAAGAGCGACGGACAGCAGCGGUGCACCAUCCAGGAUGCCAUCAUCCACUGGCACUGGGGUGAGGAGUCCGAGCUAGAGAUCUGGAGCGCAACUGAAGUCUCGACGACCUUGGGGCAGGACACCUUCCACGGCAACCUGCGGGAGGACGGCUCCCUGUUUUGGCAGGAGGACGGCGACUACUGGGUGUGCUCCGAGCGCGCGGGCCCCUCGCCGCCGCCGGGCGCGCCCGACGGCGAGGCGCCCGCGGCGGACGUGGCCCUGGUGCAGCGCAGCCUGCAGGACCUGCGCCGCAUCGUGGCCAGCGAGGGCGCCGAGAGCAGCAUGGAGGA